AUGUCUACCGAACCUCAUUCGCCGCUGCACCAGAGUGUCGGCGCUGACAGCCAUGCUCAUCCAUCGCCAGUUACGACAACCAUAGCGAACCCGCACAUGAUAGCUCUCUUGGCUCAAGUGACUUUUGACGUGAAGAUGCACGGUCUCGCUGCAAACUCAAACGCACAACCUUGCAAGAUGUACCACCCAAGGCUACGCAAGUCACAAGUCACGCAGCAAGAUUAUGUCGACCAAGUUUCCCUUCUUCCCUGUCUCAUCCAGUCUUUUCCCGAGAAUUACGCGUGCUUCAUAAAUAUCGAUGUUUCCUCUCUUCUUUAUGACAUGAUUGAUGCCUUCUACGAAGAGCGUACGAGCCAUCCUGCUCUGCAAAGCCUCCACUGGUCGCUUGGUUCUGGUGAUCUUCAUACCUUUGUCUACAACUUCAUCUCCAUACAGGACUGCUUUCAGAACACCCCAGCUGGACCAUGCAUCUUCGUCAAAUGUUCAAUUGAUUGGUUUUCCUUUCCGUUGAUUGCUGUCAAUGCCGAUAUAGCCUGGUACCCCCCUGCCUUCGAUUUCAUGGUUGGUCCUGCUCAGAUAAGGCCAGGAGCUCGAUAUAUCAUUGCCCCUUGCCGCCGCCCGAUCCUUCAAGAGCCUGGAAUAUCGGGAUGCAAGAGCUUUCCCGAUUAUGUCAGAUAUGUUGUGACAAAGUCUUCCUCCAUGGUUAAAUGGGACCAUAAGGCCAAGCUCUUCCGCAUGCAGGCCCCAGACAAGUUAGAGGGCAACACAGCAGCAGUAUUGGAGACAAUAAUACAAGCUAAAAUUAUCACACGCUUUCCAGAAAAGGUGCGUUUCGAACGUAGAUCGCGGUACGCCAUCAAAUUCAACACGGUACACGCCCGACAAUUUGACUCGGUGACGGAAACCCACCGAGCACUGACUACACUAAUAUUGGCUAUACCACCGCACAAAAGCACCGAAUCUCUUCAACUAUAUGGUUGUCGGCAUGGCCCUACUUCUCUUCCAGAUUCUCUGGUCGAUCGGGUGGACCGCGGCCCCGAUCCCGAUCCCGAUAGCGAGUGCUAUAAGAAGGGUUACGCCGAAUCCGCUGCCUCAAGUGUCUCUAUGCAUAACGUACACGAUUUAGAGUUGGAACCUGGCGCAAAAGUAUCGAGAAAGCGCACGAAUUCAUCGCAUGCAGACAACGCAACCCGUGCCGACGAAAACUUCAUGAAUAGUGCCCCAGAUAUUCAGCUUAAGCGCCAAAAGCUGGAGAAGAACAAUAUGGCUGACAGCCACGUCGAAUCACCACCUACAAACCUACCAUAUCCUAUGCUUCAAUCGAUGCAGGACGACACACCUGAUGCCAAAUCUUGGACACGCGAGUCGCGGCAUUCCGGUGUCUUGAUGAAUACGGCCACGUUCUCAAUCAAGAUCGAUUCUCCAUCUUCUCAGCUGCAGAAUGAGUCUGAUGAAGUGAUCCACAAGAAGCCCAAUCGGGUAAGGAAUGAGCGGUAUCCGACGCCGCCGCCGUCUACAAAUUCGAUGCUUGGCUCUAGCUCCGACUAUGGAAAUUAUUUUCAUGAAGCUGGCCACCCUUGUACUCACACAUCGCCGAUAGCCCAAGGUAGGAAUGGGCCCCGGUCUCCAUGGGAACUGUCACAGGAUACUAUCCAGCACAACUACCAUGAAUUCGAGGCGAUGGCGCUGUGUCAGUCGAAGAAUCAAGCUGAUUGGGGUGAUGCGAGCUUUGAGGAGAUAUUCAUGGAAGAGAGCGAUGCUGAAGAUUGGCGCUCAUCUGAUCUUGAUGACCUAGGUGAGGAGAUGGAUGGCUAG